AAUAUGUCAAAAAUUUUGAUUUAUACCGACCUGUGAUUUCAUUGAAUAUCAGAUUAAAUUUGAUGUCUACUCACCUAAAACCUCUCACACCUUCUCAUAAACCUCUUCCAGCUCUUCCAACGGAAAAUGGUGAUUCACAGGAAAUUAAAAAAAAAGCAAAACUAAAUUCGGCCAACCUUCCUCCAUUACCACAAUCUAACGACUUAAUGUUAGAUAGUCGUUCUCUUGGACACCUUCGAAAACUUUUAAGGCAAACAUUAAAUAAUUGCAAUUUAGCUAUCGAUCCUUGGGAAUCUGUAAUUCUGGGAAUUGUACUUGAUAUUUCUGGAAUUGUAACUAGAGUUGUCGAUGGUUUACCACAAAGUCCGACUUCUUCCGCUACCGAAAAAACUGUAUUAGAAUUAAAUUCCGGAUCAGAAUAUAAUCACAAACCUUUCGAAAAAUUCAUUAUCAAUAUAAAAAAGGAUGAUAGUGGCAAACCAACAGAUUCGCGGUUUAUUUUUAAUCAUUUUGAAGGCACACCUUUAUUUAAACAUGAAUUAGACGAAGGGCUGGAUCCUUCCAAAGAGCAACAAAAACGAUGGGUAGGUGGCACCAUCGUUCUUAAAGGCGCUAAAAGGAACUGGGUAGACAAAAUAAUUGAACUUAUGGUUUUCGUUGUGUGCAAUCUAAAAUUAGAAAUGUGUUUAUAUCGGGAUCAUUCUAUUGCCCACGAUGAAGUUGAAGAUAUCCAGGAUGCUGAAGAUGUUAAAAACACAAUACGAUCCUCUAGACGUCGUUCAAAAUCAUCAUUAUUGGGAUGGUUAAUGAAACAUACCAAUUUGCAAAAUACUAAAGAGCAAAUGAUUAAAUCCUAUGAAAAACGUGAGAAGCGUGAAAAGUAUGAGAAACAUGAGAAACAAGGAUCAUCUCUAGUUAGGUGGUCUACAAUAAGCAGGUCUUCAUCGUUUACAAAGGAAUCCAAUCUUUCUAUUAUUGACUAUGAUGAUGAUACAAUAAUGUUAAAAACACACAACUUUGCUAAAGUAAUCUCUCAAAUGGAAACUGCUAUUUUGUCUGUAUCUCCUGGAGUAAAAUUUCCACCACCUCAUUUGUUGAUGAGAUUAAAGGAGGAAGAGACUGACGCUCGUUCGAAUAACGAGGGUGAUAUAAGCAUAAAUUUUAAUAACGUUUGGGAUUCUAUUGAAAAAUAUCGGACUUAUGCUCCAUUAUUCAGGUCUGGACAGGUAUCUCUAGAUUUCAAAACUGGUCUUUCGUACUUGAUGACUAAGAAUAGCAAUACACUUAGAGGCGUAUUUAAACAUCAGUCAUUAUCGUGCUCAUAUGCCAGGUUUUGGUCACCAGAAUCACCUGUUCUUUGCCACAAUCAUGAGAUUAUUACAAUGGACUAUUAUAAUAAGGUUAAUUCUAAUAUCGAUAAAUCUCUUGGUGAAAUUAUUGAAGAGAUUUGUGACAAAGCUUAUGCGACAUGUGAAUCUAAAACAUGUGAACACCGAGGAAUUGACCAUACAUCCACAUAUACACAUAAUGAUGGAAGAAUAAGUCUUGUCGUUGAAGAAUCGCCAGAUCCUAAAUUGAAAACCUUCACUAAUCAAAUUUUUAUGUGGACUCAAUGCAAGUUAUGUUCUGAAAAAUCCUCUGUAUUUAUUAUGUCGCGUUCAACAUACUUCUAUUCCUUUGCCAAAUAUCUCGAAUUAUUAUAUUAUAAUGAAGAUUUCGCCUGCAAAAAUUUAUGUUCACACGUUGAAUUGCGUUAUCCAUUGCUUAGGUGUUUUCGUAGAGGUAAUUUUAUUGUAAAAGUAGAAUACGAACAUGUAGACCUUUUUGAAAUGCGAUUGCCAAAAUUUCAAAUAUCUCUGGAUAAGCAAGCUGCAUCUUCGAUAAAAGAAGUCAAACAACUUUUUACAAUUGAUGAUGAAGAUUCAAAAAGGUUGAAUAAUGAAACGAGAUUGGAGAUUACCUAUUUUUAUCUUUCAGUAAAACGGCAUAUUACUUCACUGGAAGAACAUCUUCGAUCUUUGCAUGUUGAACAGACCAGUGGCAAUAUUGAAGCUUCCAUGUCCGAAAAAACUAUUCAUGCAAUUCAAACAUUAGAUGAGCUUACAAGGAGUUUUUAUGAUGAAGAAUUCAAACUCUAUGAUCUACUGAAAAAAACAAAUGCAACAGUUCUAAAUAAUGUCCGACGAAGUCUAGUUGAUCAGAUUAAGAAUACAAAAAAGCGAUUGUUGCAAUGGCAAAAGGAAAAUCUUGUCGAUUCUGACAAAUACUAUGUUUUUCCUGAGUCACCUGUUAUAACUAGGGAAGAUGAACCAAGUUCUAUUAUUGCUUUUACACUAAGUUCUCAAGGAUACUUAAAUGAAUUAUCAAAGUUGCGUGCUGAUAGCAAACGAUUAUCAUCGCAAUCAGCCCCUGUAACACCUGUUUCGGAGUUUCAUGCACCAGCACCAUCAGCAUCCUUUUCCUUAUUACUUAGUUCAUUAAAGAAUCCUUCAUCAACAAAUCUCUCAACAAAAAAUAGUAUUUCAAAUGAGUCGGAUGUAGAUUGCGACAAGUUUUAUUAUGUAGAUGAAUAUUCCGUCAAAACAAAACGUAAAGUCAUGGAUUAUGGAUUUAGUGAUAAAAUCACUUAUAGCAUUGAGUCUCUUGGAUCGAUGAAGCCAUUUAAUUUAUCUUUAAGCAGUAAAGAUAAAAAGAAAGAUUCGGAGAAUGAUUCAGAAAAAGGUGCACCCCAACGAAAUGGAAUGUUUCCAAAUCUUUUUGGAGGCAAUAAUAAUGAUCCAGAAAAUGUCAAGGAUGUCGAAAAUGAAAAACAAGCUAUUAAUGAAAAACAGGAACAUGAUACGGUAAAAGAG